GGCAAUUCCUAUUCAUUAAUUUCCGUUAAAUUUAUAUUAAAAGUGUUACUUUCAGACACUUUUUCUAUAUCUUUGUCUAGGUAAUUCCUUGUGGCCAGCGUGAUGGAUUGUUCUGCCUACAUGAAAAUGGCUGUAUAACUCUGAGAGUUCGCAGAUCUACCACUAAUUUAAGUGCUGUAUCAAAUGAAGACUCAGCAGAUCCUGAUCCCAUUCAGGAACUCAUCUAUGACUUACGAAGUCAGUGUGAUGCCAUUAGGGUUACCAAGACUGUUCGCCCAUUUAGUAUGGUGAGCUGCCCAGUGAAUGAAAAUUCUGUAGCUCUUAUAGUCAGUGAUGGAAGAAUAAUGAUAUGGGAGCUGAAAUCCACCAUUUCAAGCCAAGGUGUACGUACCAGCCAUUCCAAUGUAUCACCCUUGUAUUCACCUAUCUCAUUUUGUGGAACUCCUGUUGGGACCUUGCAGAAUAAGCUUCCAGAUCUGUCACUAGAUAAUAUGAUAAGUGCACUGUCUACUGAAGAUCAACCAAAAAGUUAUUGUUUGCAAGAAGUGCAUUUGAAGUUCAUUUUAACAGGCCUACUUUCGGGACUUCCUUUGCCUCCAUUUGCUAUUCGCAUGUGUCCACCUCUUACCACCAAAAAUAUUAAGCAAUAUCAGCCCCUGCUUGCUGUGGGAACAAGCAAUGGGUCGGUCUUGGUGUAUAAUCUUACUAGUGGAUACUUAUAUAAAGAAUUAAGCAUUCAUUCAUGUGAAGUCAAGGGUAUUGAAUGGACAGGCUUGAAUGGCUUCCUUUCAUUUGCUACAUCUACACCUAAUAAUUUGGGAUUGGUGAGAAACGAAUUGCAAAUGGUUGAUCUUCCCACAGGGAGGAGCAUUGCCUUUCGUGGGGAGCGAGGCAACGAUGAACCAGCAAUUGAAAUGAUAAAGGUGUCCCACUUGAA